UUGUGACGAAAUGCGCAGUAGAACACUAUGGGGUCGGGCGCUGUUUAUUUGCAAGUAGUACGAUUCAACGGCAGGUCCAAAGCUUGUAUUUUCAAUUGACAGUUCAUUGAAGUUGCGACUUGACAGCAGAUUGAAAGACCUUGUUAUUUAUAAACACUACAAUUCCAAAGGAGGUUCUACUUUCGAAAUUGAAUAAUUUAACAAUAGUUAUCAGUAGACGCAAUAACGUAACACAGUUAAUCAGAUAAUGAAGCAGUUUCUCCUAUAAGCGUGUUAAUCAACAAAACGUACAGUCUAUCCACAGGCCUGGAUAACAUCAGGAGCAAGACUUAUCCUCUAAUUAAUGAGAAGCAGCACAAUAUGGCCUCAGCAUCUAGCACCAGCGCGCGUAGCCUGUUUAUCGAAUCGAAGAUGAGAUUGGCGGAUAGGGUGCAAGUCAAUGUCAAUAAUAUUGCCUCUCUCGCCAGGCAAAUACAGCGAGGUUCGAAAAGCAGUGAGGUGUUGAUGCAUGCGGCAAGAAAUUUUGCACAGCAGGAGCAUGGACUGGAAACUGUAGAAUCGAACUUGAAGAGACUGGCACUUAUUGCCACCCAUUUGGAAUAUCAAAUGGAUGCGAUUGACAAGAAUUCCGCAAUGUUGGAAGAAGUGACUGAGCAACUGCAGGAUAUGCAAUGUGUGGUAUGACUGUGCUAUAUUGCAGGAUUAUUCGGUACUAGUCUCGUAAUUUUAAAUAUAUAUUUACGUUCCCAACUUUGCAAUGCGUAAGUUGAAGGUGAUUUUAUUAUAUAGCACUUUGUAUUAUUUUUCAUAUAAGCAAAUGUAUAAAAGUGUCUUUAAUUUCUGUGAUAUAUUUGUAUAAAAAGAAAAACAAAUAUAUAUAAUACACUUGCACAUAUUUAAUAAAUAAUAAAAUACGAAAUAUCGCUUAUCUUGUGUAUAAUGUGUAAAGAUAUAUUCAAAGGUAGUAAAUCUAACAUUUGUUACAAUAAAUGUGCUACUUUUCAG